AUGUCCAAUUCAACAACAACUUUAGCUAUAUCAAUCAAUAUUGUUUCUGCUGUUAUUGUCCUAAUAGCACUGACUAACAGUCUAGUUCUGUUUAUUCUAAUUGUCUAUCGAUUGGUGACUAUGCAUAUCGGACCGAAUGAACGCAUUGCGCUGCAUUUAAUAUUGAAUACAUUGUGUGCAUUUAUAUUGAUGUUUAUCGUCUUAUUUCUUCAUGUAAACGUCUCAACAUUAUGUUCAGAUUUGAAUAUGAACUCAUUUCGAUGGAGAGAUGAUUCACCGGCUUGUCGUUUCUGUGGUUAUGUAUUCUUUUCGGUGAUUUGCAGCGUGUUUUGGAGUUACGCUCUGCAAGUCUUUUUUCGCUUCAUUCGCGUUGUUUACCCAAUGAAUUCAUGGAUUAAUCAUAUCAAAAUCUAUCUCUUUCUGUUUAUUCCUCUUCAAUGGAUGAUCUCAUUCGCUAUUGUUAUUCCUCUUAUAACCCGUUUGAAUGGAAUUCAUCCAUUGCUACCAAACGAAACAUAUUGCGGAGUUCAGUUUGACAAAUUCACCGCUGUAGUUUAUGCUUCCGUUGCAGAAGUUUGGAUACCGAUAAUGAUCAUCUCGGCGUGUUACUUUAAAAUUACCCGAACGAUUAGACAUCGCUCGUCGAAACAAUUACCGUUUUUACGCAAUCGCAAAGACGUGAAAGCCACUCAUCGUAUUAUAAUUAUGAUUUUCCUACUGAGUCUCAUGAACAUUCCAACUAUUGUAUACCUAGUUGACUUUUGGAUAUCUUCAAAUGCAUUGGAUCCAUUAAUUUAUCGGAUAACUUGGCUUUCUCUUUCGAUUGGAUCGUUAAUUUUAUGUGUUUUGCUUCCUCAGUUAGUAAUGCAUGCCAGCAUAUAUAAAGAUCGUUAA